AUGUUAGUGGAUGAAUUUUAUAUUGAAUUGUAUGAAGAUUUAUUAGUUUUAUGCGAAGAGGAGAGUUUCGAUCAGAAUGUCGCAGAUUCGUCUGGAAAUAAUCAGCCGAUGAAUGAUAUCCAACUUUUCCCAAAGCUAUAUCGAUUAGCACUUUCUUUAACCCAAAGCUCGGAAAUUUACGGAAAUAGUUUGCGUGCUUAA